AUGCCUCUGAUAAUCGACAGAAAGCAAGGUGGACACAGCGAGGAUCGAUCUGGAUUAGAAUUCGUCCCUUUGUCAAAAAAAACACCUUAUGAAUCGAGCCAGAACAUCAUGAGUGCCGGGGAAGGGGAGGCGGCGCAUGAAUCAAAACUAUUACGGCGUUCUUGGGAAAGUCUCGCUUUUGACUGUUUUCUGGCACUAUUACCACCGGUUUUCCUAGCCCUCUUAAUUGCUGCGGCUUUACAGCAUGAAAAACCGGAGUCCAACACUGGUGACCUAAUCCAAGAUGCGCUACUCCUUUCACCCACCAUUUUCCCCAUCAUUUUUGCUGCUAUAUGUGGCAAGACGAUGAAAUCCAUCGCUCUGUAUAAGAGCCAGGACGGAAUGUCUCUCCGUCUUCUGGAGCAUCUCUCGGGUGCAAGCUCUCUGUUUUCGGCACUGGAACGUGUCUAUCUCUUGCGCAAUUUUGGUGUCAUUGGAAUCAUCACAACUUUUGUGUGGGCCCUAUCACCAUUAGGUGGCCAGGCGCUCAGUCCACGUUUGCUGUCCAAAGAAAACUUUUAUUCGAAUUCAACACGAAAUGCGACUUACUUCGACCCUAAUUUCUUGGGUACAACAAGGUUAGAUUCGGCGUCUGGCGGUGCAUCUGCCGUGGCUCACGUCACAGCGCUCUAUCUUACUUCACUCUCAUCGUCUGCUGAAGUACGAAGCUCACCAAGAGACGUUUGGGGGAAUCCCAAAACGUCAAUUCCUUAUGCGUUGGCUGAAAAGUCCAACGCCUCAGAGUGGACGGAUCUUACGAUCUCCAAUGCCACUUCCAGCUAUACGAACUUGAUUGGGGUUCCGGUGAAGGCUUUUGAGAACGGCGUGGCGUCCGAAAUCAUACUCCCGUCUAUUAAUUUGGAGAUCAAGUGCUCGUCCUUACAGCUCACAGACACCGAAUCUUUCAAAAGAAGUCUCAAGGAACCUCUAUUGACAAGUUUUGCUGGAGGUGGGACAUUUCCCAACGGUACUACUACCAUUGAGUUUCACCGAGGUUUUUCUGGCAGCGGGGCUUCGACGACUUUCUUAUACAUGACCAACACAUCAUGGACUCGAUUUGUGUCCGACAUAACCCAACCUAUAACGAUUUUCUACGGAUCUAGGACGUGGGAGACGAAGGCCAAUGUAACAGGCAAGAGAGGGCUCUCAAUUUCCCUGGCCGAGUGCACCAUGGUGCCUCGAGGGCUUGAAACGAAAUUGUCGUGCAACGGACAAGUCUGCCAUGCCAUCGCGGCUCGCCAGCAGCCGGCCGUCGUCACGAAAAACGUGACUUGGACAAUCAAUUCCAUUAUGAAACGCGGAUAUUUCUGUGGGAUGGGCGCAUCCGGCCGCGUAAACGAGGCGGGCCAGACUGAGCAGUUCAUUUCUUCAGGUUCUGUUGGCGAGAGCAACUACGACCUUCUCAACCUUUGGGAUAUGCCGCUCGCGGAUUUUGAAGAGCGAUUCCAGCAAAUGGUGAAUACCUUUUGGUACGCCGCGGCUUCGCAAGUCUUUUCGACGGGUAACUUCUCGUCAAAGUCAAACCAGCAGUACGUCAGUCAAACACCCGCUGCAGUGACUGUCAACCUGGGUCCACAUUAUAUAUGCCAUUGGGUCUGGUUCGGUUUGGCGGUUGCGAUUGUGUUGUUGUUGGAAGGCCUUGCUGUCGCAAACGCGAUUUUGCGCUUCCGAACCCGAGCCCCCGACAUUUUUGGAUAUGUUAGCUCUUUAACAAUAGGCAAUAGGUAUUGCGAGAGCAAAGGCUUAGGUCAAAGUUCUGCAUUGUUUGGAUUGGAGAGGGCGAGAGCACUGGGGCGUGUGCGGUUCCAACUAGCCGAUAUAAAGGGUGGCGAAGACGUCGGUAGGAUUGCUUUCUUUCCUCGUCUCUCUGAGGAAGGUCUGAGGCAAGGGUAUCAGGAUGAUUUUGUGGCGAGUAGGGUGAAGUUCAACCGUUACUAUGAUUAA